AUGGUAACAAAAACCAGCCGACGUCUACUGGCCCUCACAACGAGCUUCGUCCUCCUCUACCUCCUCUUCCCACAUCUCUACUACUACGGCGAUUACAUCCGCCAAACGAACCCCUUCUCCGGCCAACGCUCCAUCGAACAAGCCUUCACACCCACCGACUCCGAGCUCGCCUGUCUCCGCGGCGGCCACGGCCACGGUCACCAUGUCCUCCCGAAUACCAGCGACCUAAAAGACGACAACGCUCAUCCAGCCCACCACUCCCCUACGUCCAUCUCCUCCUCCUCCUCCUCCUCCUUCAUCUCCUCCUCCUCCUCCUCCUCCUACAACCUCCGGACCAAUCCCAAACAUUGUAGUCCACUUCAUCUACGGCCUCUCCAACCCUCACUCGGACCCUCAGCAGGCCACUUCGACUUCCUGUCCUACCUAGCCGUGCGCGCCGCUCUCGUCUCUCUGCAACCGACCGAGCUGAAGCUGCACUACACUUACCUCUCGUCUCCGCCUUCGCCUGAUCCGAACGCUCAGGAUCCGCUUUCGAACCCGUGGAUCCGGAGACUGACGCAGAGAUGGCCGGGGAAGUUUAAGCUUGUCCAUCACCCGCCACCACCAGAAACGGAAAGCAAAGCGCAGUAUGCUCACAAGUCCGACACUUUACGGUUACAAAUUCUGCUGGAAGAAGGUGGAAUCUAUCUGGACAUCGACGUCUUUGCCUUUCGCUCUUUUGCUCCUCUGUUAUCUCGAGGACCGACACAAGGUCGAGACACCAUCUUGGGAUACGAAGGCGGCAACAGAUGGGGUCUUUGCAACGCGGUUAUUGUUGCCCGGCGGCCCAACGCGACGUUUAUCAGACGGUGGUUGGAUACCUACCUGGACGAAAAUGUGGAUUUGGAGAAGGAGGCGUGGAAUUAUCGGAGUGUUUUGUUGCCGAAGGAACUAAUGGCUGUUGAACAACACCAUUUUCAUCUUGAUGAAAAGGGUGAUGAUGGGGCAGGUGUUGGGAAGGAGGAAGGAAAAGAAGGAAAAGGAAAAGACCAAAAAGGAGAUGAUGUCUGCGCCCUACCCCCGACGCCUUCUUUUGGCCCACAUGGACUUGGAGACACGUCGAGUGGAUGCAUACCCCCUUGA